ACCAGCACCCCCUCCAGCAGCGAUCGGCUGCCCCCCCUCCCCAAAUUCUCCUUUGUGUCUGUCUGGCUCUUAGAAUUUCACCAGCCAGGCUGGCUCCCUCCAGUCCUUGCAUCAAAGGACCAGACUCAGCUGCAGAAAACAAGGAUGACACAGCCUGGGUGGGUGGCGGGGGCGACCCCCGAAAGCCGGCGGGCUCUCCCCUGCCUUCUGCUCUGCUGCAGCCCUCUGGUCUAAAGCAAGCGGCCUUUUGACCUGGGUCAGCAGCCCUCGCUGAGAGGGUGAGGGAUUCUGCCACAGCCUGGCCGGAGGUUGGAUCUGGCCCCAUUCCCUGCGGAAAGCUUGGCCCUCCGAGGCCACAGGAUCCUACGCGAAGGGUCAGUCUCCUGUCCCCGUUUCUGCACUGGGGGCACCUAGCGCUGAGCCGUGGAAGACCAGGUCAGACUGUGGGAAGUGUUGAGGAGAUCUCAGGGGAUGGAAGCGAGCUGGGCCGCCUGAAAACAAGACCAGGAAGGAGAAAACGGGAGGAGAGUCUGCUGAGGCCUUGAAGGGAAAGGUUGGAGCUCUUCAUUCCACCAGAGGAGGUCUUCAGUCACCAGGCUGAAGGUACACAAGGCGAAUAUUAAGAGUGAUCUUCAGGGCACCUGGCUGUAGGCGAAGCUCAGAGGCCUUCGCUCUGCCUGACCAAAAGCACACAGAAAAUUCAUAGGCUUCCCCAAUAAUUUGGGAGACGUGCAUUCAUUGAUAGCGGCCUCUAUCGCCAUCCUCAGUGGUGGCCUAAACAUCUCAGCUGGUCUGCUGUUGUUGCCAUUUGGGACGGCUGAAACAUUGCUCCUCAUUGCCACAUAGUCAGACGUGCCGCAAAGCCCCUGACAAGACUGGCUCGCCCUGAAGAAAAGGUCACAAGCUCUCAUCCUGCAAGCAGUGCAUCUCUUGCUCUGCAUUCCUCAACCCCGGGUGACCUGGCUGUGGGAGGAGAUGCAGCCUUCAGAACUGGGGAUCGCACUCUGAGCCCCGCAGGUGUUCCCAAACCAAUGAGGGGGAGGGCGCCCGGCUGGUGACCCCCCCGCCUGCCUCUCAUGCCAGGCCGGCAGGGUCGGGCACCAUGGCGCAACCUGGCACAGGGACCCUUCUCUUGGCGAACGGGUGGUGCUUCCCUCCCAAUAAUGUGGCCCGCGUCGUGGUUUGGGAGUGGCUGAACGAGCAUGGGCGCUGGCGGCCCUACACGGCGGCAGUGUGCCACCACAUCGAGAACGUCCUGAAGGAAGAUGCCCGGGGGAGCGUCGUCUUGGGGCAGGUGGAUGCCCAGCUGUCUCCGUACAUUAUCGACCUGCAGUCGAUGCACCAGUUCCGUCAGGACACAGGGACAAUGCGCCCGGUGCGAAGGAACUUUUACGACCCCUCCUCUGCCCCCGGCAAGGGGGUUGUGUGGGAAUGGGAAAAUGACAACAACUCCUGGACACCGUACGACAUGGACAUCUGCAUCACCAUCCAGAACGCUUACGAGAAGCAGCACCCGUGGCUGGACCUGUCCUCGCUGGGCUUUUGCUACCUGAUCUACUUCAACAGCAUGUCUCAGGUGAACCGCCAGACGCAAAGGAAACGCCGUCUAAGGAGGCGCAUGGACUUGGCUUAUCCUCUCACCAUCGGCUCCAUCCCCAAGUCCCAAUCUUGGCCCGUGGGGACCAAUUCUGGGCACCCUUGUUCGUGCCAGCAGUGCCUGCUGGUCAACAGCACCCGGGCAGCCUCCAAUGCCAUCCUGGCCUCUCAGCGCAGGAAGGUGUAUUCCGGGAAUGGGAACGGAUCGCUGGCCGUCCGGCAGAGCAAUACGUUCAACGGAACAGCGAUGUGGUCGCUGGGCACGGUGCAAGCCAACGGGACGGGCAAGAUCGAGCAGGUCCGUCCCGGCAACGGGAUGCAAGUGGCUACUUUUUCCCGGAGCCAGAGCGCGCCCAGCCACACCCAGCUCCCCGGCCAAAACAACCUGAACAGGCCCAGUACGCAGCGCGUGGCCAUCUUGAGUACUCGGGCUUCCAUCCCACCAGGAGUUCCUGCCCUUCCAGUCAAGAACCUGAAUGGGACUGGCCCGGUACACCCUGCCCUGGCAGGGAUGACAGGCAUCUUGAUGUGUGCGGCGGGCCUGCCUGUCUGCCUCACUCGAGCGCCAAAACCCAUCCUGCACCCACCACCUGUCAAUAAGAGUGACAUGAAGCCGGUGCCCGGAAUCACUGGGAUCUGCCGGAAGACCAAGAAAAAACAUCUGAAAAAAAGCAAGAACCCUGAAGAUGUAGUGAGACGUUACAUCCAGAAGGUGAAGAACCCCCCAGAUGAGGACUGCACCAUCUGCAUGGAGCGGCUGGUGUCCUCAUCGGGCUACGAGGGGAUCCUCAGGCACAAGGGGGCCAAACCGGAGCUGGUGGGAAAGCUGGGGAAAUGUGGGCACCUUUACCACCUCCUCUGCCUGGUUGCCAUGUACAACAAUGGCAAUAAGGAUGGCAGUCUGCAAUGCCCCACUUGCAAGGCCAUCUAUGGGGAGAAGACCGGGACUCAGCCCCCUGGGAAGAUGGAGUUCCACAUUAUUCCACACUCGCUCCCUGGCUACGUGGACUGCAAAACCAUCCGCAUCGUCUAUGACAUUCCUGCAGGGAUCCAGGGUCCGGAGCAUCCAAAUCCUGGGAAGAAGUUUACUGCAAGAGGCUUCCCUCGCCACUGCUACCUUCCUGACAACGAGAAAGGCAGAAAGGUCUUGAAACUCCUGAUUGUGGCCUGGGAACGCCAGCUGAUCUUCACCAUUGGGACAUCCAACACAACAGGCGAAUCCGACACGGUGGUGUGGAACGAGAUCCACCACAAGACCGAAUUUGGGUCCAACCUCACCGGCCACGGCUACCCCGACCCAAACUACCUGGACAACGUCCUGGCAGAACUGAUGGCCCAGGGGGUCUUGGAAGCCAACCUGAAGGACUGAAGAGGCAUCGCGGCUGCUCUCUGCCGGCCACACUUUUGCCAUGGGCGUUGCGUGGAAGCACGAACACUGCCUGAGUCCGUCCGUCCGUCUGCGUAUGUGUGUGCGUGUCUCUGUUGAUCAGCUCUCAACCAGCAUAUCGGGAUAAGCCUGGUCUUCAAGACCUCUGAUGUUGCCUGUCUUCACUUCUCCAACCUGGGUCUUCAGCCGGGUCUUCACUUCUUCUGAUGUUGCCGGUCUUCACCUCUCCAACCAGGUCUUCAGCCUGGCCUUCACAUCUCAUGUUGCUUCUGCUGUCUUGACUAUGGACGAUCUCCACACAGCGGUGGUGCCAGACAUGGCCAAAGGAAACGCCAAAGGGGCGCUCCUCUCCCUCCAGAACCGAGGACUGUCUAGAUCGUUCCUAAGUUUCCCCAGUGGAGGAAGACCACCCGAAACUGUGCAAGUGAGCAACUGAAGCAACCUGCUCUUCUUUUUCUUUUAUAUAUGAUACAUACAUACAUAACACAAACCCCUAUAUAUUCUAGGCAGUCUGCAAUAUUCCUCUUGUCCUGACUGUGUUUGCACAUUACACCAUCCUAUGCUACAUAUCUGCCGCUCUGUAACAGGAUAGCAAGUGUAAUAGAGGAGAUAUAUGAAGCCAAGUGUGGGAAGUGUUGGUCCUCCUGCCUGCCCCCUCCCGGGAAAACUCUUGAUUCUUGAUUCUUUCUGCAUUGGUGACUCAUUUUGCCUCAUAGCUGCCAAGUACCCCGUUUACUCCCGUUUUUCUCCUGCCGGUGGCCAUUUUUUUCCUUUCUGAUUUGCCCUUCUAUGGGCACAAAAAAUGGCCACCGCCGGCUUCAAAAGUUGCAUCUACGCAUGGCCGGAAGUGCAUAGAUGCGACUUCCUGUGUUGGCGGCGGCCAUUUUGGUGCCCAUAGAUGGGUGGGCCGACACCAGAAGUUGCGUCGACACACUUCCUGUCAUGCGUAGAAGCUACUUCUGAAGCCGGCAGUGGCCAUUUUUGGUGCCCAUAGAAGGGCAAAGCGACACCGGAAGUUACAUCGACGCAACUUCCGGUGUCACAUGGCUGCCGGUCCCGGAUUCUGCAGUCCGGGACUUGGAAGGUAAGUUUUGCCUAUGUGAUGCGUUUGCCACUUUGCCAGGAGGCAGGAGGCAGUAGGAAGGAAUUCUGGCUUGGGAAGCCAUGGGCUGUUGUAUCCACCUAAGCCCUACUCAGGGUAAACCCAUCGAAAUCAAUGGACCUCAGUUAGCCCGGUUCGUUCAUUUCUGCGGGUCUGCGCCGUGUAGGACCUAGGAUGGGCUACAAGCCUAGGAUGGCCAAAGAGAGGUGUGACAUCUUAAUGACGGGCACGGCAGUGUUCCUCACCUCCGCUUUGCAAAUUGCCUUACACACAUGAGCAUGCUGGUCUUUACGGCCAGGACCUGGAGAGUUUACAGCCUAAAGCAAAGGUUGAGACGCUGCCGCCUCCCAUUCCAUCAACUUUCCGCUAGCAUUCAGGGCAAAACCCUCUCAAUCUCGGUUUGCUGGCCUUCACCUCUCCAGCUGGGUCUUCACAUCUCAUGUUCCUUUGGCUGCCUUUGCUGCCCAGCAAUGUUUCUGAAUCCCAGUAGCUGGAAACCACGGGAUUGUGUUCAAAUCCUGCUUGCUGGUUUCCCACAGACAUAUGGUUGGCCCGUGUGAGAACAGGAUGCUGGACUAGAUAGGCCGUUGGCCGGAUCCAGCAGGCUCUUCCUUUCAACUGGAUCUGAUUUCAAGCACUGGCAACGGGCCAUCGAAGCUGGUUUGGAGAUGAGGCCAUGUAGUGCUCCGUACUUCUAAGAGCUUGCUGCUGCUGCUGCUGCUGCUGCUGCUCUCCACCCCGCCCACCACAGCAUUUGCUGACUAAGGCAGGUGGCUCCCUCUGCCUAAGGUUAGGGCUGGACCUGUUGCUCUCAUUCCAUGCUAUGGGAUGCCGUCCCCCUAAAAGUUGCUGGAAACCACAGGGGGAAGGAGAGUCCUCUUGUGCUUGGAUCCUGCUUGCUGGUUUCCUACAGGCAUCUGGUGGUAGAGAAGAGGAUGCUAGACUAGAGGGGGCCCCUAUGGCCUGAUCUAGCAGGCAUUUCUUAUGGUCUUAGGAUGGUCUUUGCGAGGGCAAAGAGGGAGUCUUGCACUUCAGAUUCUCCUUCAGAUUCUGAUUUGGGCACAUUGGCCUUAACCUCAGAGAGGGGGGGGAGGGAAUAUGGCAGAGGUGUAUGAAACAAUGCAUUCUGUGGGGGGGGGAAUGGCUUUAGAGAAGGCUUUCCCCGCUCUCUCAUAAUACUAGAACCCAGGGCCAGCCAAUGAGGCAGAAUGUCGGGAGGUGCAAGAUGAAGUCACACCCUGCAGAGCAAAAACUCUGGAAUUGGCUGUCGCAGGAGAUCACACGGUCUGCCGUUUUGGACAGCAUUAGAAGGGGAUUAGACAAAAUGAUGGAGGGUAAAGGCUAUCAAUUGUGACUCAUCAGUGACACGGGGCACAUUAGUCCAGCAAUUUUUAAAAAAUGUUGCCUUAAUCAGAAGAGAUAGUUACCGACACACACAAACAAACUCAAACCCGUCCUAAGAUUGCAAACUUGGGGUUUUUUUAGUUUAUAAAAAAAUGUGAUGUUUGUGCAGGAAUGUGAUAGGUGAAGCUGAAUAUUGGAAUAUUUAGGACAGAUGAAGUGACUUCUUUACAGACUGGGGAACUUGCUCCCACAGGAGGCAGUGAUGGGCACGCACUUGGAUGGCUGCCUUCACCCAAAUUUACUGUUCCUCUUCCAGGAUCCACCUCUGCACAGUUUAGGGUGCGCCUGGUUUGACCAGCAGCCCUCAAGUGUUGAGCCUUGCCUGGACAGCCCCCACAGUUCCUACCACGCCCCUGAGCUCCUGUUGCCUUAAUAUGACCAGCGGAAAGGAGAACUGUGGGCACCUCUGGCUUCUCCAGCCUCACCAAGUCAUUGAGGAGAGAAGCUGCCUUCUCAUUCCCACUCCUUGCCACCAUUAAGACAUGAGUGGGGGAAUCUCUUUCAGACUGAGGGCCGCGUUCCUUUCAGGGAAAGCUUCCAGGGGUCACAUGCUAGUGUCGGGUAGGGCCAGAGGCAAGAGGCUGGUUUCUGCAUACACCCUUCUCUAUCCUCCAUGGAGGAGGCAAGAGGCACGAUCAGUUCAGGGGCAUGUUCCCAGCCAGGGAAAAGCAUCCAAGGGGGUAUGUGAAUCAGGGCCAGUGAGUGGUGUGGCCUAGGAAGAGUCCGGAGGGCCAGACAGCCUGGAUAGCUAGUUGGUUAGAGAGUGGUGCUGAUAACGCCGAGGUUGCAGGUUCGAUCCCUGUGUGGGGCAGCUGCUUACUCCUGCAUUGCAGGUGGUUGAUGAUCUUCAGGGUCCCUUUCAACUCUGAAAUUCUCUGGUUCUAGGGUAAGAGAUGCAAGGUGGGCCACAUUUGGCCUGACGUUCCCCACGCCAGCCUUAGGACAGUGCUUAAGAGCACAGUGAUCCUUUCGCAUAUGGGAUCUUAAGGUAUCUGACGCACAGAAGGGGGAAUUGUGGCUGGUGCCCCUUCUCCUCACCCCACCCUCCAAGUACCACUCAGGCCCCUCCACCACCCCAUACCCAAGUCCCCCAACUUAACUGCUUUUUCUGCAGAUCCAGCAGGAAUGGGAGGUGGACGACAUGCCCUUCAGGGCUGGAUUUACCCAUAAGCUCCAUCGUCUGCAGAGAGUAAUGUCCCUGCUGUCUGGAUUUUGCCCAGGCACAGUGCGUGCCCAUCUCCCUCGAAACUCAUUUCACAUCCCUGGUGCUCAUAACUCAUGUCUGCCCUUUGUUGAAAGACGAGGAAGAGGGAGCAGCGGCUGGCGUUUUGGGUUUUUCUUUAUAUAAAAAAAAUAAUCAUUUCCCCCUUUGCAAAGGCAGGUUUCUGCUGCAGUGAUAAAAUCAGCAGGGAACGGAUCCAGCUUUUUGCAUUGAAAUCCUGCCAAAGUUAUCUCUCACCUCAUUAGGCAGCACAUCCUUCCCCAACCUGGGCCCUCCAGAAGUUGUGUGCUGCAGUUCUUAUCAACCCCAACCCAAUAUGGCCGUAAGACGCCAGCGGCUGAUGGGAGUUGUACUUCAAGAGGGCUUUGCUAAGUGGGGCUGAUGGGAGUUAUAAUAAUAAUAAUAAUUUAUUAUUUAUACCCCGCCCAUCUGGCUGGGUUUCCCCAGCCACUCUGGGCGGCUUCCAACCGAAUAUUAAAAACAGUACAGCAUCAAUCAUUAAAAACUUCCCUAAACAGGGCCGCCUUCAGUUGUCUUCUAAAAGUAAAAUAAUUGCUUAUUGCCUUGACAUCUGCUGGGAGGGCGUUCCACAGGGCGGGUGCCACUACCGAGAAGGCCCUCUGUCUGGUUCCCUGCAACCUCACUUCUCGCAAUGAGGAAACCGCCAGAAGGCCCUCGGUGCUGGAUCUCAGUGUCCGGGCUGAAUGAUGGGGGUGGAGACGCUCCUUCAGGUAUACAGGACCAAUGUUGGAGUCCAAACAUCUGGCUGACUCAAGGUUGGCCAAAGCUGAUGCAGCAAGUUUGAUUGUCCAGCUAUCAGUGUUGGGACUUUGCUACAUUAGUCAAGAAACAGCGUUUUGAAUGCGUUAUAAACAUGCAACGCCAGCAGGGCCGGCUCUAGGUAGAGCCCCGGUGGUGCGGUGUGCUAGGGCGCCGGGCUGGUAGGUGGGGCGCUGCGCGGCAAAGCCGCGCGGAAACCAUGCUGCACCCUGCGAGGGCGGGGGCGCCGGAGCGAUCUCAGCGCCAGGGCGCCCGACCUGCUCGAGACUGCCUGAACGCCAGAUGGCACCAGAGAGCAAAACAAAUUUCUAAGCGAUUUUCCAUAGCGUUUUUUUCCUUUUGAUAUAACGAUUUAAUUUCUUACUUUUUGUAGCUCCCCCCCCCCCCUGUGUGUAGAUCCACCCUUGGUAAAAAGGCAUAUAUUUGUGAAAAUGUGAUACAAGAAUGCUUCAAACUGGGGAACAUGGCUUGCAAAGAAUGUGUCCAUUAGCACUAAAAUUCAGGUGAAAUUUCAUGAGGGAUUUUUUUUUCCAAACGGAUGAGGGCGUUGGGUAUGUUUAGACUGAGAGGUGAAAUGAGAGCCAUCUUCAAAUAUCUGAAGGGCUGCCCCAUGGAAGAUGGAGCAAGCUUUCUCCCCCCCCCCACUCCAGACUGUAGGACCUGAACCCAGUCGACUCAAGUUACCAGAUUCUGACUGAAUGAUAGGAAGGACUUUCUGAUGAUAAGAGCCAUCUGACAGUGGAAUGUACUCCCUCUGAAGACGGUGGACUCUCCUUCAUUGUGUGUGUGGGGUGUUAAACAGAGGUUGGAUAGCCAUCUGUCAAGAAUUCCUUAGCUGUGAUUCCUGCAUUGCAGGGGGGUUGGAGUAGAUUGCCGUCGGGCAUCCUUUCGUAGCUGCCAUGUCUCCCGUAUUCCCCGGGAAAUCCCCAUUUUUCCAGCUGUUUCUAGCUGAAAAAAACGGAUUUUUUUUGUUUUCCCCCGGUUUAUUCUGGCGCGGCGGCCAUUUUGGAACUGGGCGGAGCAUGCUCAGA